AUGUUCAUCAAUCAAAAUACAAACUCGAUAAAGACUCAUAUAUUUGAAGAAAUAUUUCUUCUUUUCCCUUAUCUCAUAAUAUCUAUAAAACAUGUCUGGUUCCUGAUGGUGGUUGUGGGUUUUGUAGUCUCUGCCAAUGCUCAACUACCCCAGUUUCCCAUCCCAGUUCCUUUUCCACUCCCAUUCCCACCAAGUCCCGGUAUUCCAGGAUUACCUGAUGUAGCAAAAUGUUGGUCUUCAGUGAUGAAUGUUCUAGGAUGCAUUAUAGAGAUUUAUACAUCCUUACUCGUAGGAAAAUUCGGACAUAUAGGCCCCGCUUGUUGCAAAGCAUUCUUGGAAGCCGAAGCCAAUUGCUUGCCGAAAUUUCCAAUCUAUCCACUUUUCCCUCUCAAAGAACAAUGUUCAAGAGUUGCUAGCGUAGCUCCUCCUACCAAAAAAUAA